AUGGGGCGCCGGCGGCGGCAGGCGCGGGGCAGGAGGAGCAGGAGGAGCAGCCGCAGCCCCUCUGCCCUCGGCAGCGGCGUGGGCACCCAGGGUGGGAAGCACCCGUCCCGCCUCCCCGCCCGACGGAGCGCACGGCGGCAGGAGAGCCUCCAGCACGUGGUGGGAUACAGGUUUGGUGAGGCGCUGGGCGGGCUUGCCUCCAUCCUGACUUUGCCCACGUGGAGCAUGGCCUCGAGGCUGAUGCCAGCCAGGAACGACAUUCCCAUGGUGAAGAAUGGCCAAGUCCCAGCAUCAGGACCGCAGGCCCUGCUCUGGCUGCCCAGGGUGCGCCCCGUCUUGUUUGGACCUAAAGGCAGUAAAUCUAUCCGCCAGAAGCUGGAGAGCUUUUCAAAGGAGAAGAAAGACUGCUCUCCUCAGACUUUUGGGAUCCCCCUCUUCCAAGUCAUCGCCAAUGACCGCGCCUACAAGCAACUGCAGGAAGCCGUGAAGAAGAGCCGCCGGCUCUGCCUGGAGGUGGAAGCGACAGUGACAAGAUUUCGGGCUCAGAGGCAGAAGAGGUCCCCGAUGGGCAGGGGCUGUGGCCUGGCACCCUGCGAGGUCUUCCCAGAGGAGCCGCUUUCCCCAGCUCUUCUCAACAACAGCACCUGGAGCCAGCGACGGGGGGCAAUGUCCGUGGACUCCAUCACCGACCUGAGCGACAACACGUCCAAGCUGCUGGAGGCACUGCAGUUGUCACACCCCCACGAGCUGGAUCCACGGAGAAGCCUGGGCAAGAAAAACACGUUGAGCCUCAACCCCAUCACCUGGCAGGUCCCGCGGAUUGUGGACAGAUGUUGCAAGCACAUUGAAACACACGGUCUCCAAACGGUGGGCAUCUUCCGGGUCGGGAGCUCCAAGAAAAGAGUUCAGCAGCUGAGGGAAGAGUUUGACCGAGGACUGGAUGUUUUCUUGGAUGAGCAUCAAAGCGUUCAUGAUGUGGCUGCUCUGCUCAAAGAGUUUCUUCGGGACAUGCCGGAUUCCCUGGUUCCCAGGGAGCUCUAUGCAGCCUUCCUCAGCACAGCUGCCAUGGAGGGCCCGGGGCAGCUGGCCGCCCUCCAGCUGCUGCUCUUCCUGCUGCCCCCCUGCCACAGCGACACGCUGCACCGGCUCCUGCGGUUCCUCAGCGAGGUGGCCCGGCACGCCGAGAGCUCCUGGGGCCCCGACGGCCAGGAGAUUCCUGGGAAUAAAAUGACAGUUUCAAACUUGGCCACAAUCUUUGGUCCCAACAUCCUUCAGAAGGAGAAGCCUGGGGAGAAAGAUGCUGGUGCCAUGAACUUUGAAGACAGCACUGCCAUCAUACUGGUGCUCCAGAGGUUGAUUGAGCACCACCAGACCUUGUUCAUGGUCUCUCCAGAAAUGCAACACGACAUCCUAAGGAGGCUAUUUCAGACAGACCCUGAUGUCAUCGACUACCUUCUGCGCAGGAAGUUCAACGCCGUGCCGAGCACAGAGAGUGAGGAUUCAGCAGAAGAGCAUGCUCCAUCCCCCCUGCCUGGUCGGACCUGCACCCUGGAGAGCAGCUCGGUCUCGUCAGAGCUCUACAGCAGCGUCUCAUUCCUAAACCUGGACGUUGGCAUCUAG